ACCAAUGUUAUUUGUGCAGCUUGUAGGACGAAUCAUUUUUGUGAAAAUUACCUUGUCUACUUAACUAUGAUAGCAAAGAGGCUACGUUUGUGUUUUCUUCUGAAUUGUUGACCCCAGAAGUUUGAAUUUGUGAACAUAUUUCCAACUUUACUGAGCUCACAGUAGAAACGUUAGCCUGUUCCUUUUGUUCUCUGUCCCUCCAGAGCUCCCACAGCAACAUGUCUGUAAGGAGGAGAAGGUUCUGGCUGACCAGCAGCUCUGUAUUCAGGAGAGGAUCCCCGGUCUGGACCAGGAGGACCCACAGCAACAUGUCUGUAAGGAGGAGGAGGUUCUGGCUGACCAGCAGCUCUGUAUUCAGGAGAGGAUCCCCGGUCUGGACCAGGAGGACCCACAGCAACAUGUCUGUAAGGAGGAAGAGGUUCUGGCUGACCAGCAGCUCUGUAUUCAGGAGAGGAUCCCCGGUCUGGACCAGGAGGACCCAGAGCCUCCACAGGUUAAAGAGGAACAGGAGGAACUCUGGACCAGUCAGGAGGGAGAGCAGCUUGUAGUGAAGCAGGAGACUGACACCUUUAUGUUGAGUCCUACUCAUGAGGAAAGUGACCACAGUGAAGCAGAACUGAAAAGUGACCACCAGCUCCUCUCUCACAGCUGUCAUGUAGCUGAGAGCCAAGAUCAGAAAGGAGGCGAGCAUGAAGACUCAGGAUCAACUAGAGAUGCAGAGCCAAAACAAAAGAAUCAAGAUCACAACAGGAGAAGCCCCAGAAACAAUGUACACAAGUCUACCAUGUCAGAGGUUCACCAUGAUCCUCACACAGGUAAAAACUCUUUCACAUGUGACACAUGUGGAAAAGGUUUCCAGAACAAGUCAGUUUUUGAGAUGCACUUGAGAACCCACACAGGUGAGAAGCUGUAUUCUUGCAAAACAUGUGGGAAAUCUUUUAGCCGGAGCGGAGAGUUGAAACGCCACAUGAGAACCCACACAGGUGAGAAGCCGUAUUCUUGCAAAACAUGUGGGAAAUCUUUUAGCCGAAGUUGUUACUUAAAACUACACAUGAGAAUCCACACAGGUGAGAAGCCGUAUUCUUGUGAAAUAUGUGGGAAUUCUUUUAGCUGGAGGAGUUACUUAAAACUACACAUGAGAACCCACACAGGUGAGAAGCCGUAUUCUUGCAAAACAUGUGGGAAAUCUUUCACCCGAAGUUGUUACUUAAAACUACACAUGAGAAUCCACACAGGUGAGAAGCCGUAUUCUUGUGAAAUAUGUGGGAAUUCUUUUAGCUGGAGGAGUUACUUAAAACUACACAUGAGAACCCACACAGGUGAGAAGCCGUAUUCUUGCAAAACAUGUGGGAAAUCUUUCACCCGAAGUUGUUACUUAAAACUACACAUGAGAAUCCACACAGGUGAGAAGCCGUAUUCUUGUGAAAUAUGUGGGAAUUCUUUUAGCUGGAGGAGUUACUUAAAACUACACAUGAGAACCCACACAGGUGAGAAGCCGUAUUCUUGCAAAACAUGUGGGAAAUCUUUCACCCGAAGUUGUUACUUAAAACUACACAUGAGAAUCCACACAGGUGAGAAGCCGUAUUCUUGUGAAAUAUGUGGGAAUUCUUUUAGCUGGAGGAGUUACUUAAAACUACACAUGAGAACCCACACAGGUGAGAAGCCGUAUUCUUGCAAAACAUGUGGGAAAUCUUUCACCCGAAGUUGUUACUUAAAACUACACAUGAGAAUCCACACAGGUGAGAAGCCGUAUUCUUGUGAAAUAUGUGGGAAUUCUUUUAGCUGGAGGAGUUACUUAAAACUACACAUGAGAAUCCACACAGGUGAGAAGGCUUAUUGUUGUGAAAUAUGUGGGAAAUCUUUUAGCUGGAGGAGUUACUUAAAAGUGCACAUGAGAAUCCACACAGGUGAGAAGCCGUACCUUUGCAAGACCUGCGGUAAAACAAUCUGUGAUGCUUCAGCAUAUAAAACCCAUAUGAAAAACCACACUAGUAAGAAGCUGUAGCUAUGUGAGACCUACGGGACAAGAUUCAGUGACACUUCAGCUUUUAAAAAACAUAUGAGAACCCACACAGGUGAGAAGCUGUAUCUUGUGGAACAUGUGGGAAAGCGUUCUGAGUUAGUGGUCAAUUGAAAAUUCCAUCCAUCAGUUAGGGUUGUACUCACUUCCCCCCCAGCGGUUUAGACAUUAAUGGUUGUGUGAUGUGUUAUUUUGAGGGGACAGCAAAUUUACACUGUUAUACAAGCUGUACACU